AUGGACGCCUCGACACGGCUAUACAAAAGACUGGGAGAGAUACCCGAGGAUCCUAAUCACCCGGAUAGUCUGGACGACCUUAUUGUCUGCGCGUUUGGUGCGUUCGAGCGAUACUAUCUUUGUUGGAAAACAAAGGGGGGAGAGUACAAACAAGACGGCUAUGAACUUCCACCUGCAUUGAAAGACUGGCUGUAUCCGAGUGAUGGUACGACACGCGAUUUCGACUCCCUCCAAGUGGUUUUUGGUCGUGGUGAAGAGUACUUUGCGUCUGAUAAGAAUGGAAAGCUGGAAUACAAAGAGCCGGAAGUUAGGAAACUAGCGCUAGCAGACGAUGAAGAGAAGCAUGAUAAGCAAGCGCUGAGGAGGUCAAGAACGGUGUCGUUCUUGCGGCCAUUGUCCGAAACAAGCGUGCGAUCCGACAGUGUUAUGAGCGAGACGAGGCGGAGUAACAGAUCGAGUUCGAUAAGUUCGCAGCGAACGAGCCGGCCGCCCAGUCUAACCUACACCAAUUCAAGGACGAACUCGGAAAUAUCGUUACUAGGAGAUACAAUCAUAGAGGGGCAAACUAGCCAGCCAGUGCGCCCUUCCUAUCUUUCACAAUGGAGUGCCAUGGCUCCCAACGUCAAAGGAGAGGAACACGAGCUAUCACCCAAGAACCGAACAGGUCAGCAACUUGAGUCGAAUCUCGGAAAAGUGCAGGAACACACACGAACAGACUCCCUCGUCACACCUACAAUGCCACCUCAACCGCAACCCACAUCAACGACGAACACCAGAUCACAACCGACUACAACUACCACACUAGCCCCCUCACACUGCACAUGCGGCUGCCACCACUCCCAACCCGCCUCCUCACCCCCCAAACCCACCUACGCAAACGCAACAACGCAAACCUCGCCACCCCCCUCCCCCCACCGUAACCCCCCCAGCCUCACCAUCGACCCCACACCACCCUACUGGCAAACGCAACCCGCCUACCCACCCGACGAAUACUACUACGAAGAAGACGACUACGCCGCUCCCCCCGUCCUCAUGGGCCGCAUGUCGUCCUACUUCAACAAACCCGGGUACCAACUCGGCGAUAGCCUGUUCAGUGGCUACCAGCCGAUCAAUUGGGGUCAACCCGUUACGAAUGCCGUGGAGACGUAUGUGUACCAGGAUAGUUUUGGGGAUGAGGCUUUGCGGUAG